AGUAGUAGUAGUAGUAGUAGUAGUAUUAAUAGUAGUAGUUCUACAAUAAGCAGUCGCUUAUCAGAAGGAAUGAUUCGUGAUAGUAAAAGUAUGAAUCAUCUUCAAACAAUAAAAAAAAGAAUCAUGACCCUUGAUCAACAUCCUAUAACUUCUAAAGUGCAAGCUCCAUCUAGAUACAAGAUAUCUACACAACAUAUGUUUGGUACUCCACCUACAUCCUCUACUCAUAUCGUAAAUCAACAAUUGACCCAUUUUUAUAAUCAAAGAGACAUGAAUCAUAAUCCUACUUCCAAAAUUGCUCCUUUGAAAGAGAUAGAUCAAAUGCUUACAGACUUGAGGAAAGAAAAUUUUGAUCUAAAACUUAGACUCUACCAUUCUUUAUAUAAUAAAUCUAUAUCCGAAGAUGAUGAUACAUUCUAUAUAGUCAAAGACAGACUAAAUCAAAGAAAGCAAAAGAACGAUACAACACAUUUUAUGACUGCAACAUUUAUAUAUGAGCAAAUAGAGACAAUCCGUAAAUUGAAACAGGAAUUGAAAAUGAAGAAUGAAAAAAUACGCUAUUAUGAUCAACGAGUUCCUAAAUUAAAAGAUUUAAUCAAGAAAAAGGAACAUCAAAAACUUGAGCUUAUUUCAAUUUUAAAAGAUUUUAAUAUUCCCAUUCCUCAAAUAUAA